CGCUUGUGACGCACUUCCGGCGCGCUAAGCGAGGAAGAUGGCCGCGCCCCAGCAGCAGGCUUCAACGGCUUCUUCUGUGGCUGGUGUGUCCGGUCCGGGCUCGGCUGGCGGGCCGGGUACCCAGCAGCAACCGCAACCGCCGGCACAACUGGUGGGUCCUGCCCAGAGCGGACUCCUGCAGCAACAACAACAGGACUUCGAUCCUGUGCAACGCUAUAAGAUGCUCAUCCCGCAGCUGAAGGAGAGUCUACAGAACUUGAUGAAGGUUGCCGCCCAGAACUUGAUUCAAAACACAAACAUUGACAACGGACAAAAGAGCAGCGAUGGACCCAUACAGCGCUUUGACAAGUGCCUGGAGGAGUUCUAUGCACUCUGUGACCAGCUGGAGCUCUGCCUGCGCCUGGCACAUGAGUGCCUGUCACAGAGCUGCGACAGCGCCAAGCACUCUCCAACACUGGUGCCCACGGCCACCAAGCCCGAUGCGGUGCAGCCUGAUAGCCUGCCUUACCCACAGUACCUGGCAGUCAUCAAAGCCCAGAUUGCCUGUGCCAAGGACAUUCACACCUCCCUACUGGACUGUGCCAACAAGGUCACGGGGAAGAUACCUGCUCCACCUACAGGUCCUGGAGGCACCCUGUAAGCUGGCUUGGUGGGGAGUCGGGCAGGCUGGGGCUGUCAGAGGCUUGGGGAAUGAAGAGUGGCCUGAGCAAAAGCAA